UUGAGUCUGAAAAAUUGACGAAAAUACUCGAAUUACGGUAUCAAUUGCAGAUCGUGAAUUAUCAGCGAGCGAUAACAAAGCAAAAAUAAACAUCGAAACAUUGCAAAAUAUUAAUUAAUCAUCGACAGAGGAAAUUUCCGAUACUAAAAAAUUCUGAAGGAGGAAAAAAUCGUCGUCAAUUGUGCGCACGACUAUCAAAACGACGAGGAAAAUAUCGUAUGAUAUUUUUGAGUGUGCGGCAUUUCUACAUUACAGAGACAAAGCAGUAUUAUUCAGGCAGUUCACAAAACAACAAAAGUUGAAUCAUUCACCAAAUUAACGUGUAAUAAUUUUUUUCGUGUGUUUUAUAAAUAAAAUCAAAUAACGCACGGUAAUUAUGGAGGAAGUUCAAGGUUGCGAGAAAAACGGAACUAAAUCUGAUCGGGAGAUUCGUGUAUGGUGCGAUGGAUGUUAUGAUAUGGUGCACUUUGGUCAUGCAAACAGUUUGCGACAAGCGAAGGCAUUGGGACACUACUUGAUAGUUGGCGUUCAUGAUGAUGAGGAAAUUACGAAGAACAAAGGCCCGCCAGUUUUUACGGAGGAAGAGCGUUACAAGAUGGUUGCGGGCAUCAAAUGGGUCGAUGAAGUUGUGAAAGGCGUCCCGUAUGUCACGACAUUGGAAACUCUUGACAAAUAUAAUUGCGAUUUUUGUGUGCAUGGAGAUGAUAUUACUUGUGCUGCUGAUGGAACGGAUUGUUAUGCCUAUGUCAAAGAAGCGAAUCGCUAUAAAGAAGUAUUUCGCACACAAGGCGUCAGUACAACGGAUUUAGUAGGUCGAAUGUUGCUUAUGACAAAAAAUCACUUCAAACAAGGCGAACACGAAUACAACGUAGAAAAAGACGGUUCUUCAAGCAUGGGUCAAGAUCACGAAGCUCGUUCCCCAUGGACUGGAUGUUCGCAAUUUCUCCCAACAACACAAAAAAUCAUCCAAUUCAGCGAUGGCAUUCCGCCAAAACCCACAGAUCGAAUUGUUUACGUUGCCGGCGCUUUUGAUCUCUUUCACGUCGGGCAUUUAGACUUUUUGGAACAAGCAAAGAAGCUCGGCGACUACUUGAUUGUCGGUUUGCACACAGAUCCCGUCGUCAACAGAUACAAAGGCGGCAAUUAUCCCAUCAUGAAUCUGCAUGAACGAACGUUGAGCGUUCUCGCGUGCAAAUAUGUGAACGAAGUCGUGAUCGGGGCUCCGUAUUUCGUGACGGAAGACUUGAUGAAUCACUUUAAAGUUGAUGUUGUGUGUCACGGGCAGACAGUAAUUGCUCCCGAUGAGGGAGGAUUGGAUCCCUAUUCGGUGCCGAAAGCGAUGGGAAAGUUUAUGUUGGUCGAUAGCGGGAAUACGAUGACGACGGAGCAAAUUGUGCAACGCAUCAUCCAACAUCGAUUGGAAUACGAGUCGCGUAAUAAGAAAAAGGAGAAGAAGGAAAUGGAUCUGAUCAAUGCGAUGCAAAAGGGAAAAAUUGCGGCAAAAUCUGGCUAAUAUUAGUGCGCACUUUCGUCGGAAUAAACGUCUGUUCGUCGUGUAUCGCGUAAUCACAUCCGGAUUCAUCUAGUCUUAUCGCUUCUUUGUACUUUUUUUUACAUUCCGCACCACACAUUUGACGAAUUAUUUUGAAUCAUACGUAAGACGAAUCUCAUGAUAAGAAUUUUUUUCCUUAAGUCGUUACAGAUUUUCUUAAAAUUUUUUGUCCUAUUUUUUUAAUUUUUAAAAAAAUU